GGGGGGCUGGGCUGGGAUCCCCCCGACGGGCGCGGCUGGGCUGGGGCGGGCAGCCCGCGGGUGUCAGACGGCGGCGGGAUCAAAGCCCUGGGCGGUCCCAGACCCCUGGGAGCUGCUGGCCGGGGAGGGGGAGCGGAGCAGGGGAUAAAAGGCCCGGGGAGCCGCCGGGCGGCCGCGCUGAGCCGCAGCCCCCGGCAGGAGAAUGAGCGGGGCGGGACCCGCACCCGGCCCGCGCCGCUUCCUCAGCCCGCGGCUCUUCUUCCCCGACGGAGACUCCAGCCGCUGCCCGCCGCCCGCCCGGGGCACCCCCCUGGCCCGCCGGCCCGAGCCCCGAGCAGGGAGCCGCCCGGAGCCGGAGCGGGGCGCGGGGGGCUGCCCGGCGGGGCCCCGGAGGAGGAAGCGAACCACGUUCAGCCGGGGGCAGCUGUGCGAGCUGGAGCGGGUGUUCGCCGCGCUGCCCUACCCCGACAUCGGCACCCGCGAGCGCCUGGCCGAGCUCACCCAGCUGCCCGAGGCCAAGAUCCAGGUCUGGUUCCAGAACCGCCGCGCACGGAGGAUCAAGAGCGGGAAGCUGGAGCGGCCGCGCUGCGGGAGGGCUCUGGCCAGUAAACCGCCCCCCUCCUGCCCCCCACCGCCCCAGGGCAGCUGCCUCCUGCCCCAGUGCCCAGGGGCCAGAAGCCAACAGGUGCCCGAGCUCCGCCUGCGGGACAGCUCCCCCCAGAGGUGCCCGGGCCCAGCGCUGCCCAGCCUGGGCUCUGCCUUCCAGGGGCAGCUCCUGUGGGAGGACAGCUGCCAGCCCCGCUGCGGCCAGGGGGGAGCCCAGUGGUCACUGGCCAGCCCCAGCCAGGCGGGGGUGCAGGGAGCAGAGCCCAGGGCUGGUGAGGGGCUCCCCUGCUGGGACAUGUUCCCUGCACAGACCUCCCUAGGGUACAUCUCAGACCUCAUCUACAACGCGGCCAUCGUCACCAACCUGGGCGAGCCCUAGGCGUGGGCCCGGCCGAGGCGGGUGCUGCAGGGGGCAACCAUCAGGCCUGGCACCUUGAGCUCCUCUGAAGUUUGGUACUGAGCAGCUGGCACCAGGCACUGCUGGGCUCUGUGCUGGGCAAGGCAUUCGGACCUGCAGUGCCAGCUGGAAACUGCUGCCCAUGGCCAUGGGGGCAAACCCAGCUAGCGAGGCCAGGCUGCCAUGGGAGGAGCAGCUGCCAACUUGGAAACAGCCCUUAGCUGUGUCAGCUCCCUGCUGCUAGGCUCCCAACCCCCACUCCAUCUAACCACUAGGAACUGGAACAAACACUAGCCUGAAUGGCAGCUGGGCCCUGGAGUCUCUGGGUUGCCACAGGACAUGGAGGGUUAAGUGUCUGAACCCCUGCGGUGGUACCUGGCUGAAUUAAUCUGGAGGGAGGCUCUGCUCCCAGGGUGUGCAGCAGGGUGACCUCUGGCUCUUGGCUUUCUUGGGUGUGUGCUUCCAAAGCAAUUCCGUAACAAUAAUAAAUGGGUGGCCAUGCCCCCUCCCCAGCUUAGCACUGUAAUUUUCAUUAGAUCGGAAGUAUUAUUGCACUGACUCCUUAAGAUCUUUGCAAUACCAUCCAAUAUCCUAAAUGCAGGUCUGUGCAGCGGGCUGGCAAAGUGGGGCUGCAGCCCGGUCCUGCAUAUCACAAUCAGUGGUAAUACCAACUAAUCUUUCAAAAAAAUACCUUAAUCUCAGGCUGUAUUUGCAAAUGAUUGUGGCCGGGCCCCCCCACAGAAUUUAUCUACAUUACCUAAUCCCGGCACCAUGUAACAUUUCCAGGUUACAAAAUAGAUUUGCACAUAUCAGAAAUAUUAAAGCGUGUUUUUAGAAGGGGCUUAGCAGACAUCAGAACAUUAAUCAACAUUGUUAGCUCCUGGCGUGCUGCCCACCUGCUAGCCCCUCCCUGGCCAAGCUGGGCCUCCGGGAGCUGCAGCGGGGGGGGGGGCUCCCAGCACUGAGGAGAUGGUGUCAAGGCUCAGGCCUGGCCAGUGGGGCAGGUGCUAGUUCCCCAUACUCAGCAGUAAAUCCAGCCAGCUGUGUGCGGAGCGGCCUGACCGGCAGGGUGCCCUUCCAGCCCCUGUCACUGCAGCCCUGGCAGCAGUAGACCUUCCCCGCAUGGGGGCUUGUGCCUGGGAGCCCCCUUCUCUUUGCCUGCCAGUAACUGCAGAGGGGAGCUUGGGGGGAGGGGCCACCGGAAUCUCUCUUUGCUGCCACGGAUCACUGCAGGGCCCUGCUGUGUCCGAUCUCUGGGCACAGCGGCGGCUGUUUCUGCCAGCCCUCCCCAUGGCUGCUGACUUGCUCGGUGGCUGGGAUUCUGCCCAGAGGAAGGGGAUUCUGGGACAGGUUUUCAGCAGCUGGGUCCAGGCCUGAAAAUUAUCUACCCCAAACCCAUCCCCCAGAGGGAGGCUGCUGGUCCGGUUCGAAAGGUGAUGCAGAGGGGAAUGUGGCACAGCCAGCCCCCACCCUCGCAACAGGCUAGUAGGGUUGGGCCUAUGUGCCGGUUGAAUUGCUGAGCCCCAAAGACAAGUAUUCGAAAGCCACGAAUCAGGCCCCCCCCCCAAAGUCCCAAUUUUUAUGAUUGGCUUAAAAAUCCUGAUAGUUAUCAAAAUAAGGGAGGGUGGGAGGGGUGUCGUCUUUGCUGUCGGGUUUCUGAGUCUUUGGGGAGCACUUGGGUCACAUUUUCAAGCUUUGCACUCAUGAGGGCCAGACACUCCACUUAGCUUUGUUUUAAAUGAAAGCCAAGAUUCUCCCUAAUCACCAGAUUCCAGGAGCUGGGGCCCUUACACGGAACAGCCAAUAUUGUAAGCUGCUCUGCCAGACAACAGUACAGUAGUUGUGUCUCUCCUGCAGCAGUGGGUGGCAUCACUGGUCUCUGGUGCAAAUCAGGAAGCUGUAUUUCUUACUGGGCUCAAGGUGUUUGUGGUGCUGGGGACACACAGAACCCUGGACUCACAGCUUGGCCGCUGAGGGCUAGGUCCUGCACUGUUGAAGUUGAUGGGAAUAACCCUGUGCCCUAAGAGAACGAGGAAGCGAUUUCCAGGUAUUCUUGUCUACACUGAACAUCUCUGGCACUGUGUUUGCCCUAUGUUGGGAUCUUACAGGGGUUUCACGUCCCAGCUGCUUGGCACGUCACCUUUCAAAAGCUUAGUUUGUAAUUUCAAAGCCCAUCACAUUCUCUGGCACAGGACCCAACUCUUAGGAAUGGACUGACUUGGUACCUGUCCCCCCCAAGUCACACUACUGGGGCCACUGUCCAGUCGUGGUGGCUUUCAAACAUGUGGGUCUGGGAAGUCACAGCGUGAGGGAGGGAACUGCCUGCAGAGCUCCACUUACACUUCUAGGUGCUUUUUCAAAGCCAGGGGAAUAAACCCCCAAAGAUUCACCUGAAAUAGAGGCCUCGUCCCCACAUGCAACAGUGACUGUGGAGGGGGAACAGGGCUUAGAGGGGUCAGAGUUCAGCGUGCUCCUGGGACUUGUUCUUUGCCAAACACCAAGGGAUGCUGGGACUUGCAGUCCCGUGAACAUGGGACCUGCAAGCUCUAACAGCGCAUGCUGGGUACAAGAAGGCCCAUUUUCCUGAGGCUGGAAAAUGAGGCUGGGUCAGGGAGGUGGUUAGGAUUUGCUGGUAUGUUCUCUGCCAAGGUGGUGACCAGGGCAGGGCAGGUUAGGCUCAGCUCGCCUCUUCUCUCUCCCAGGGGAAGGGGCUCAAGGAGUCUGGACAGGGCUGGGCAAGGGCCAUUGUGGAGCCAGCCUUGCAUAAAGAGCGGUGAAUUACUGGGGUGGUUCGUCCCGCCCCUGCGAAGGGACUGUAGCUCAGGGAGUUUGUUUUUUCUCCUUGUGGAUUGUCUCAGCUUACCCUGGGAGGGGGGAGAAUUGGGCUCAGCAGGAGAGCUAAACCGCUCCACCAGUGGAGAAACUGGGGCACCAGCUGCGUCUGAUGCUAACAAGGUAAGUGCACCUCUGCAGUGGGACAGAUGUAAGCAGGAGGAUAUCUCACCCUGAAGGCCGGUUUUACUUACGGUGGACUUAGGCAAAGAGGGAGUGAGAAGCUGGGUGAAUCUUACCUAGACCAGUACAAGAGGGAGUCAAACUCCUAUGAGAUCCCACCCUGCAGCAUUCACUCUGCCUCUGCACAGAAAUAGGUCACACAUGCCUUUUAUUUUAUACAAGCAGGGCUCAUUUGUCUUGACUGGACUGGGUGAGGAUACAAGCAGCUGGAGCACCCACAAUCCCAACCAGAGAGAUGCAAACAGCUGCCCAAGGAGUGCUUAGAGGCAAACACAGUGUUACCGUCACCCCAGAGCCAGCAUUUACAAUGACAGCAUUUGUUACUAUUGCUGGGCAUGGCAGACACCCACGGGCUUGGAUUUUAACAAGCGUGCCCUUUCGCUGUUGAUGGUUCCUGGUUCCUGGGGUUGAGGUCGCUCAGCUUGGUCCCCACUGUGGUGGUGGAAUGGAUUGACAAAGCAAGGGAGCAGCUAGUGUCUGUCCCUGCGGCACAGGCUGCGUUACCCCCCCCCCUCCACUGCCACGAAGUGGGGCUGAACAGAGCCCCCAGGCCUCCAGAGGUGCGGGGAUCUCAGAGAUUCCAAGGCCAGAAGGGACCAUUGGGAUCAUGAAAGCUGACCCCCUGGAUAGCACGGGCCAGAGAACUGCCCAAAGUAAUUCCGAGUGUGGAGCUGUUAGAAAAACUUCAAGCCUUGAGUUAAAGAUUGUCAGUGAUGGAGACUCCCCUAUGCCCCUUGGAGGGGACGCAAGGCCUGGGUUGGUUGAUCACAGGAUAACUAUGAGCUGUCAGCGUGACACAGCUGUGAAAAAGGCUAAUGCAGACCUAGGAUUUAUCAGGCGAGGUAUUUCCAGUAGAGACAGGGAAGUGUUAUUGUCAUUAUACAAGGCACUGGUGAGACCUCUUCUGGAACACUGUGUGCAAUUCUGGCCUCCCAUAGUUAAGAAAGAUGAAUUCAAACUGGAAGAGGUGCAGCAAAGGGCUUCUAGCAUGAUCUGGGGAAUGGAAAACCUACUUUGAGAGGAGACUCAAGGAGCUUGGCUUGUUUAGCCUAACCAAACGAAGGCUGAGGGGAGAUAUGACUGCUCUCUAUAAGUACAUCAGAUGGAUAAAUACCAGGGAGGGAGAGGAGUUAUCUAAGUUAAGUGCCAAUGUGGACGCAAGAACACAUGGAUAUAAACUGGCCAUCAACAAAUUUAGGCUUGAAAUUAGACAAAGGUUUCUAACCAUCAGAGUAGUAAAGUUCUGGAACAGCCUUCCAAGGGGAGUAGUGGGGGCAAAAACCCUAACUGGCUUCAAGUCUGAGCUUGAUACGUUUAUGGAGAGGGUGGUCUGAUGGGACUGUUUACAAUGGCAUGUGGCCCAUCUAGGAGUUCUAGUAGCAAAUAUCCCCAAUGGCCAGAGAUGGGACACUACAUGGGGAGGGCUCCAAGUUACUACAGAGAAUUCUUUCCCAGGUGUCUUGCUGACAUGCUCAGGGUCUAAGUGUUCACCAUACUUGAGGGUGGGAAGGAAUUUUCACCCAGGUCAGGUUAGCAGAGACCCUGGGGGUGGGGGGAUUUUACCUUCCUCUGUAGCAUGGGGCACUGGUCACUUGCUGGUUUGAACUAGAGUAAAUGUUGGAUUCUCUGUAACUUGAACUCUUUAAAUCAUGAUUUGACAAUGACAGUAACUUGGUCAGGGGUCUGUUACAGGAGUGGGUGGGUGAGGUUCUGUGGCCUGUGAUGUGCAGGUCAGACUAGAUGAUCACGAUGGUCCCUUCUCGCCUUAAAGUCUGAGUCUAAGUUGUUCCAAUGGUUAAUUACUCUCACAAUUAAAAAUGUACACCUUAUUUCCAGUACGGAUUUGUCUCACUUCAACUUCCAAUGAUUGGAUCGGGUUAGAACUUUCUCUGCCAGAUUGAAGAGCCCAUUAAUAAAUAUUUGUUCCCUAUGUAGAUACUUACA